AUGAACGGAUCUUACCUUUUGGCUUCUUUCGCCGCUUUGGCGGCUGUUGUUCCUGCCGCGGCUUACGACAGGCGUGUCAGUGGCAGGGAGCUGUUGGAGAAGGGUGCCCCUCGUCUGCUCUUCGCCGGCAAUGCCUCGCUUGACCUCUUCGCUGCCGUUGAUGAGUCCGUCAUUAAAUCCCUUGACAAGGCCAAGGCUAGGCCCAAGGGUAUUACCAUGAAAUCUAUCAAGAAGGUUGGUGACAAGAUUCUUGUUGACACCAAGACCCCUACCGAGACGUCAGCCAACGCUGCGCGCGCGUACGCUUACUGCGGUGGCAAGGCUGCCUACUUCGGAGUGCUCGGUAAGGAUGAUUUGGCUAACGAAUUCGACAACUACCUUACCUACAACGGUGUUGAAAUGAAGACCAUCCGCAGGCCGGACAUGCACACCAGCCACCUCUACUCCUUGGUUACCCCUGAUGGCCAAUACAGCAAGUACUACGUAUCUGGUGCCGCGGAGACCCUUACUGCUGACGAUCUGGAUGAGAGCAUCAUGGACAAAUUCGACUUCUACGUAGUUAACGGCUUCAUGUUGGGUUCCCCUAGCAACGUUGAUCUUACCAACAAGAUGGUCGACGCCGCUCUUAGCCGUGGCAAGAAGAUCAUUACCCUGUUCGCUAACACUGUGUGCGUCAGGAAGUACGGUGAGCUCUUGAAGCCGAUUGCUGAGAAAUCUGCUUACUUGAGUGGUAACCUUGAGGAGUACAUGAGGCUUUACAACUUUGACACCCCUGAGGAAGUUUUCGAGUACUUCGAGGACCUUACCUCUGUUAAGAAGCUCCAGCACAAGGCUGUGAUCAUCACUAUGGGUACGAAUGGCGCCCUCAUUAUUUUCCGCGGUAGGCGAUUCGAGAUUCCGGCCACCGGUGUCACCGUCGUUAACGCCUCUGGUGCCGGUGACUUCUUUGCCGGUGCCCUGUUGUACGGUAUUCUUAACGGAUACUCUGUGUACCAGGCCGGUGAAUUCGCUCGCGCUAUUGUCGGCGAUGUCAUCUCUAAAAUGAGCAGGAGGAUCGGUGACGGUAUUCACCACCAGAUUAAUCACAUCAAGGGCGGUGCUUAA